AUGGCGGAGGGUGCACCGGUGGAGGGAAGUAUUCGGUGGCACAGCGGCACGGGCAAGUGGCAGCAGAACUGGUUCUGCCUGAAGACCGCCCCCGAGUCGGGAACCGCCCCCUCGUUGGUCUACUCGAAGGCGCGCAGCACUCCCACGCUGGGCUCCAUCUCGCUGGCCGUCCUCCACAAGGUCACGCCCGCAGACGGAGCAGACGUCUCCGGCUGGAAGCAAGAGUACCAGGGGCGGUGCGUGCAGCUGGAGGUGGGCGGCGAGGAUGGCGGGGCAGCGUCGGCGAUCCACUACCUGCUGGCCGACAACCGAGGCGAGAUGCUGCGCUGGAUGAAGGCGCUCUCCAAGAUCAAGGGCGCGCAGCGCAAGGAGAGCCUGCGAACCACCUUGGCGUCGGUCUCCAAAGGGGCACCGUCGUCGUCAUCGCCGUCGUCGCCCACCACCUCCACCUUCAACCCCGACAACACGCCACCUUCGCUGUCGCCGCCGCCCGAAUCCCGGCCUCGCGCGGCAUCACAAAGCUCUUCGUCGCCCGCGCCAGCCGCGUCUCAGCUCGCAAACCCCGCCACCAACGAGGCUGGGGCGCGUCCGCUGUCAGUACGAGCCAGGCGCCAGGCAAUUUUGCUCGACAAGCCGCUCAGGUUCGGUGCCCAGGCGGGCGACAGCCCGGCCCAAGAUGCGCCCGACACCAACAACAAGGACCCAGCGGCGACGGCAGCGGCGACAGACACCGAGCAGACGAAAGCUCUGUCGACGGCCAAGACCAAAGUGCAGGAACUCGAGGAGAGGCGAAGGCUCAUCACCUCCCGCGCCUCCGUGUCGAUCUCCGCCGCCCCGGCCGCGGCGGCUGCAGCGACGACGAAUGCGGCAGCCGCGGACGGCAGCGGCGGCGUGGAACCUGACAGCUCUUCGGCGCAGCAGCGGCUCCGGGAGAUGGAGCUCAAAGCCGAGCAGCGCCGAAAGCAGGCCGAGGAGCUGGUGGCCAAGCGCCAGGCCGCCGCCCUUAUGCUGCAGCAGCGAAAGGCCGCGUCGCGCGUCGCGCCUGCGGGCGCCAAUGCCGACGCGGCCGACAGUGCGGAAAAGGAGGAAACAGAGACGAAGGCGGAGAAGGAGGCCUCUGGCUACCACAGCUGGAAGGCGAGGAGGAAGAACGAAGACGAAGCGCAGCACAACAUGCAGAAGAUGCUCGUGGGCGAGCUCCAGGCCAAGAUCCUGCCCAAGGCCCAGCAACAGCAGGUGGAAGCCUCCGGCGUUGACGACAGCGAAAGCGACAGCGCCGACGACGACGACGGGAAGAGGGUCGAAGAGUCGAGCGAGCUGGCGUCGGCCGCGGCUGAGGAGACGAGUGGCGAGCGAGGCACGGGCGAGGGCGAUGACGAAGGUGAGAGGGCGAAGCCGCAGGACGAAGCUGUGGCAGAGGUGCGGGAGCGCGAUGAAGAGGAGAAAGAGCGGGAAAAGCGAGGUGAUGAAGAAGAGGAGAAGGAGGAGCUUGAACAGCGAGGAGGAGGAAGAAAAGGAGAAGCGAAGAGAGGAAGAAGAGAGAAAGAAGAAGGAAGAAGAGCCGAGGAGGAGCGACAGAGGCAAGAAGAAGAAAAGCAGCUGGAGGAGAAGAGGAAGGAAGAAAGAGAAAGAGAAGAGGAAGAGGAAGAGCGAAAGCGAAGGCAGCAAGAAGAGGCGGAGGCAGAGGAAGAAGAGCGAAAGAGAGAAGAGGAGAAAGAGAAGCAGCUGGAAGAGGAGAGGAGGAAAGCAACAGAGGAAGAGGAAGAGCGAAAGCGACAGGCCGCCAAGGAGGAAGAGGAAGUGAAAGAGCGGCAAAGGCGAAGAGAAGAGGAAGCUGAGGAGGCGCGGCUGCAAGCGCAGCGGAAGGCCGAAGAAGACAAGCGAAAGGCCGACGAAUUGGAGAAGGAGAAGAAGACGGGUGAUGAGGGCAAGGCGACGGAUGAACUUCUCAAGCAGCGCGUGGAGGAGAUCGAGGAAAAGAAGAAGCGCAUGUUCGAGCGAAUGCGACAGCGCGAGAAGAACCGACGCGAUAGCGGCUCCGCAGCGGCUGUGGGCCUCGUAGCGGCGGCGGCGCCCAAGAGCGAAAGCGGUGGCGAAGCCAAACUGGCAGAGGAAGCGAAGAACGAAGAACUCAAGCCGAGUGAAAAGAGCGAAAGCGACGAGGGUAAUGAGCAAAGAACGAAGGAGCGACGGCAAUCGGGCUUGUUCGCCAAACAGCCACCACCGGCCGCGCCCCAGCCCGAGCCACAGCCGAGCACCGCGGAUGAGGCCGCAGCGGAGAGCGAGAAGAAAGAGGCGAUGCGCAAGAUGCUCGAGAUGCUGUCCAAGCAGAAGGCUGAGCGGGCCGAGGAGCGCGAGCGGCUCAAGAAGAUGCUCGAGGAGCGCAAGAAGAAGAAAGUCGAGGAGUACGCGCGCCUGAGGAGCGACAACCAAUCAUCACCUCCUUCGGGCGCCCAGGCCGGCAGUGCCGGUAGUGUCGACACCACGACCGCCGCGACCACCGCCACUGUCGACAGUGCGGACGAGGACCACCAACAGCAGCAGAAGCAGCGACAGCAACAGCAGCAGCAGCAGGAGGAGCUGCGCAAGCUGAAGGAAGAGAUGCGAAGCAUUCGAAGCACGAUCGUGCUGCUCGACCGGGAGAGCGACACGCUCAACGAGCGCAUCGCGCAGGUGCACGUCCAGGAGCUGCAGGAGCGGCGCGAGCGCGAGCGGCAGGCGCAGGAGGAGCAGAGCCGGCUCGAGCACGCCAUGCGGGAGGAGAUGAUGCGCGCGCAGGCCCUCGAGGUCCUCCUCGAGCGCUACGUGCCGCUCCAUACGCCCCACGAGGUGCGCCGGCACGAGCAGCACAUUCUCGACGAGACGACCCACAAUGCGGUGCUGGUCAACCUGUCGGGCAUCCUGCUGGCGCGAGGCCGGUCACACGGGAACUGGUUCGCGCACGAACUCGGCCGGACCACCCUAGCAGACGGUUCCAAUGACGCUCAAAUCGGGGAGGACGACGAGCGAGUGCUGCGGCUGAAGGGCGGCAUCGUCGUCCGAAAGCGCGACAGCGCGAGUGAGUGGGAUCUGCUCGUGCUGCCCGAAGGCGCAGUCAUGCUCCUCGACCGCGAGCCUUCCGGCCUCAACAGCUCGGCCGUCUCCCUGGGCAACCAGGAGCAGACGGACGAGACGCCGGCCACGACCGCCAGCGCUCCGCAAACCAGUGAGGAUGACGGCGAGCAGGUGAAGCGGGUCUUCUUCAACCUCGCCGACGCGCCAUCCGAACCGGACCACCUCAGUCCGGCCAAGAAGACGCUUCUGGUCGACCUUCGCCAAGCGGUAAACAACAUCGUGGAGCACUUCUCCGCGGCCGGCUCGGAUCAGCAGAUGGCCGCGCUCGGCGAAGAGACCGCCAGCAACAAGGCCAUCACUCGGCUGGUGCGCGGCGAACUCUCAACGAUUCUGGCAAGGAUCUUCGAUGUCGGCUUCAAGUCGUGGAAGUUCUUUGGGGCGUACCACCUGUGGGACUUCCUCGAAGCCUACGGCCAGCAAAAUGAUUCGGUGCGAGAGCUCGCUGCGCUCGGCCUCCGCAAUGCCAUCAAGACCCUCAAUACGAAUGUCCGCAUGGCCGAGAAUCCCAACAUCAAGUUCCGUGCUCUCAUUUGCCAUGGCCUCAAUAACAAAUACCUGGACGAGUGGGUAUCGCUGCUGCUGGCGCACAACGGGCUGAUGAACAAGUGGUACAACGACGAGUCCCUCAUGCGCGACGCCAGGGCCAGCGAGUCGGUGAUCAAGUCGCUCGGGCGCCUCAAGAACUUCCCGUUCGCGAUGGACAUCAAUUUCGAGGUGCGGCCCGCAGUGGUGCGACGCAUCGACAGCGAACGUGCGGCGGCGCAGCAGUCGCCAGGCCUAGUGCCAGCGCCGGCGCUUUCUGUCGACACUGCGCCGCUGGACGACGAGGCCCGGAUGAGAAUGCGCGGCGUGACCGGCGGGUCGGCAGCGCGCGCGGCUGCGGCUGCGGCCGCAGCGGCCCAGGUGUUGAGCGUGGGCGGCGGCGUGGACGCCAGCAACCGACGCCAGAGUGCGUGGGGCCGACCACGCAACAGCGAGCCGGUCGUCAACUCCGAACCAAAGAAUGAAAACGAAAACGAACACGAACACGAAGCGAAAGCGACGGUGGCCACAACGACGACCGCAACCACUCCGGCCAAGGGCGUCACGCUGUGGGGUUCGCUGUGGGGCGGCGAACAGGGCCAGCAGCGCACCAGCGUCGACGCCGACGAGCUCAAGCGGAUCGACAAGCGACGAGGCAAGGAGCGGGUGCGGGGCAGCAGCGACAGCGAGUUCUUGGACGAGUUGGACGAGGUGCCGCGGCUGGAGUUGGUCGACGAAGACUUCAAGAUCGAGAUCAAGGAAAUCGAGCCAGGGCAGCCCGACCGUGGGUCGCCCGGCGUUUCGUUCUUCACCUCCUUCCUGGACCUGGCCAAGUCCAUGGUCGACGACAAUGACGACUGA